AUGAAGGAUGAUUCUGCUCCGUCCAAGGGGGCCCGUGGAGGCCGCUCAGCCCGGAUGAGCAAUGAAGACAGGAAGCUUCGCAAUCGCCUAUCGCAAAAAGCCUUUCGCGCUCGGCAAGCUAUGCGGAUCAAGGAGUUAGAGGACAGAUUAGAAUCCAGGCCAGCGUCCGAAACUGAUCGAAUCGCAGAGCUCGAAGAGCGAAACGCGUUCCUUGCUAACAGGCUGUUCGAGUGUCACAAGAAACUGGAGAGCCUUCAGGUUACCAUCAAAGCUCUGUCCGAAUCUACUGCUGAGGCGCUUGACAUGGUGAUGAGUAAAGACAAGAAGAAGGAGGCAGACGACGAUGAAGAGGUAGAUGAGGUAGUGGAUGAGAUACAUCGUCCGACCUCGGAACCGCCGUCGACUUCAGAUAUCUCUUCGUCCGAUUCGAAAGAAGUCAUCCAAUCGGUAUCGAAGACAGAUUUCAUCUGCAGAGGAAGCCCUAUUAUUCCGGACAUGACUUUUGGUGCCACCCAUCAACGACCAGACACCGCGGCGACUGCUCCCAACUGGCCCGAUCUCGAUACAGGAUACGACGAGAUCCCUGAUGACUUCAAGGAUGCCCUUCAAGCAGCAAUAAGCCAUGAUCCCGAUGUUUUUGCCUCAUUGAGUUUCGUCGACUCUUCUGGUCUCAACGACAACGCGACCUUUAUAGACACAAACAAUCCACUCACAUGGGAUAAUAUGAUAGCCGAUCCAAUCAUGCAACAACGCUUAUCUUUCACUUUUCCACAGAUGGGUCCGAAUGCAUAUUCGGCUGCCGAAACCCAUGGACCAGUCUUGGUGCGAGGACCUCAUGGGCAGCUACAUCGAACAAAUUCCCCGUGGUCGGAUCAUAUCACUACUCUCGAAUACUUCUUGCGCCAGAAGUGGAAACCUUUAGAACUUAGGAGAAAUGGAAAAGAUGUUUCUUUCGAUGGUCUUCCGAGCUCGGUUUGCUUCAUGCUGUCAUCUUUCAUCUGCCUAUCAUGGCCUACGAUGGCAGCCUGGCACACCUAUACACGAGCCCAUAUUCCUGUCGGCAGCCUUAUGGCGUGGCGCCUGAACCCGAGCCCACAGAUGUAUGCGGCUAUUGACCCUUCCCUUCGUCCGACAAAACUUCAGAUGACAGUGCACCAUCCAGCAAUUAUCGACUGGAUCCCCUUCGCUAGUUUGCGUGAGAAGCUAAUCAUCUAUCAUUCUGCCAACCCCAAUCUAGAUGAUUUGAUCUGUGAGAUCGGGAAUUCAUAUGUCAUGGAAAUUGAUCUUGCGCGACUAGUCGCAGUCAUACCUCCAACACGCGGCUACGUUGGGGUUUGGGAUCUUGUCCGAUCGAUCGCGCCAGAAGCCACGGCAAGUUCAAAUACAACGAAUCUCUUCCACCCAGAUUUCGAGAACUCUCCAGAGACCAUUGACGACUUUGAUGACGAGGAUGAGCCGAACACCCCUGCGAGCUGUUUACCGGCGCCUAAUGCAAGUGUGCUUUUUGGCUCGAAAGUGCUCGCACUUAAAGCAUUCAAGUUGAUAGGGAUGCAUAGAGGAGUUGGCAACUUCUUACUGGAUCCGAAUUUCUUCGACAGGCAUCCAGAACUCUUCGACCCUGCGGCAAACCUUGUCGCUCAUGGCGUUCCGCUACGCCCGGGGGACCGGAAAUUCAUUUCAGCGCCUCAACCAUUAGACUCCAGCGUGCUAGGCCGGUAUAAGGAGUUGUCUUCAUGGUCACUUUCUCUGACCUCAGCUAUGAUCACCGCGACCUAG